GCAGCUGAUCAGGUCCUGAAGGAGAAACAGUGCAGCUGACUGUUAUUCUCUCUCUAUCUCUUUCUCUCUUCUCAACCAUGGCAGAACAGACUGAUCUCACCCUGGUCCAGACUGUUUACAUCUACAACUGCUCCCAUGUGGAUGAGGAGGACUAGAUCAGGUGUGAAUUGGCCUGGGCCACAUUUUGAAUUCUUCAUUAUGGACGCCAGGGGGCGCAUCACUGUAUUUCCACGCACCGAUGCACAUUUAAUCGCACUGACAGGCACAGGAGAAAAGACGAUCUCGAUUAUGAAGAGCAGUAUGAACAAACGGCAGAUGACUGUGGUCAACUCUAGCACUCUUGGCCUGAUGGACAGUUCCCACCCCCAGGCUGUCCUCAGUCAUCUGAGUGAACAGCGUUCACAAGGCCUUUUCUGUGAUGUAAUAAUCGUUGUGGAGGAUGUCAAAUUUCGUGCUCACCGCAACAUUCUGGCUGCCACAAGUGGAUACUUCCGUAAUGCUUUCAAAAUGCCUGAAAUCUACACGUCCAACCAGGUCCUGGAGCUUACAGACCUUAAGUCUGAGGUGUUUGCUAAUAUCCUAAACUUCAUCUACAAUGCCAAAGUGGAGUCAAGCAGUGCCGAGGACAGCAGGUCUCUGGUGGCAGCUGGAAAGCGUUUGGGAAUUCCCUUUCUGGAAAAGUUGCUGGACUCUGAAAAGCAGAGCUCUGGCCUUCAGCAAAGCUCCGCUAGCCAAGGGAAAUCAAACAUUCAGUCAAAGUUGGCAGACACAUGCAGUCUGAAAAAAGAACCCCUCAAGCCUGAGGAGUCAGACUGCUCCAAGGGCCCACGGAUCACCAAUGCUUUCUCCAUCACUGAAGCUGGGGCAGUAAACAACCCAUUCUCUACACUGGAUCACCGCAACAAAGUUAUAGAUGCACUAAAGAAAGUUCACCCUCCUUCCAGCUCCCAAGCUACAAGCAAUUCACCCAUAGAGAAUGAGCCUGCCCAUGCCCUGUCUGAGCACUCAUAUGCAGUGAGCCAGGGGCAAGAAUCUAAUGAUAUCAAAGAGGUUACCCAGGGAAAUGAUAACAGAACCAUCAUGCCUGUUGUGGUUCCAGCUAAGACUUUGGUUAACCAUAGACUUGGCCCCAUAAAAAAACGGCAUAUACUUGGUGAGGGCAUUCAUCCCCUCUUAAAAGAGCCAGCUACAACUGUGCACACUUUUGCCAGCACAUCUGUAUUUGAAAAGGCCUCUCCUACCCCAUUUUCUUCCUCCCAGUUGUCCUCAAAUGCAGCACCAGAGAUUCAUUCCAGCCUCAAUUUGUCACCACCACCUGACAUUACACCCCCUGAGGAUGCAGAGCCACCAUGCCUGAGUCCUCAGAAUACAUCCAGUGCCCCCAGCUUCUGCUGCCAACAAUGCCCUGAGACCUUUAGCGACUAUGCACUUCUCACCAUCCACAUGCAAAUACACAAGAGAUUUGUCAGUCAUUUGUUUUGCAAGUACUGCCGUAAAAAGUUCAUGCAUCUUAAAAGAUUACGCAAUCAUGAGCAGGUUUGUGUGAAAUCUCUGAAAGGGCCGUCUGAGUUAGAGACAAACAAUAAAGAGUCUUCAAGGGUCCCAGUCUCUAAUGGUGUGGCAAAUCCAAAUAACACACAACCAGAUCUCGACAUCCCUUUAAGUCUGGACCCCACUUUGACUAGUCCGCUCGAGAUGCCUCAGGAUCAGAUUAAAAGGAACUUAAAAACGAAUGGCACUUCAAGAGCAUAUAAAUGUUCUGUAUGCAAACGGGCUUACGUAACCCUCUCCAGCCUAAAAAGGCAUGAGAAUGUACAUUUAUGGCAUAGAGCCUACCCUUGCCACUACUGCAACAAAGUGUUUGCUCUGGCUGAAUACCGCACAAAGCACGAGAUCUGGCAUACUGGAGAACGUCGGUACCAGUGCAUCUUUUGCCUGGAGACCUUCUUGACCUACUACAUCCUCAAGAAUCACCAGAAGUCCUUUCACGACAUCGAUCCACAGCUGGCUGUCAACAAAAAAUCAGCAAAUGGUGGUUUCAAGGGUAGUGUCUACCCCAUAAAGCUCUACAGGCUUCUCCCAAUGAAGUUCAGAAAAAAACGUUAUAAGUCUUACAGUCAGACAUACUCCGAGGGGAUCGAGGGCCAUGAAGAGUCCUUCAAUGCACCACUGGACAGCUCUUCCCCCCAUGCUAUAUUUGACAGUACAGUGCCCAAUUCAGAUGUUGUUAGUGGUCAAUCAUUAUUCUCAAUGCCAGUGACAUUCAUGGCCACUCCAAAAAUGAUGGCAUCAGAAAUGCCUCGCAUAACCUUUGACAAACCGUGUGACCAAAACAUUGAAUUUCAGAUACCAUCUGAGAUGGACCAACCUCAGAAACAACUCUCUAAUGAUUUCAAUAAAAAGUCUGGCUUACCAGGAUUUGAUGGCAAAGGGUCACCGCUCUUCAGUUAUAGAUUUAAAGAUUCUUCAAAAGCAAUACAGAAAAACAUAGGGUCCUCUCUGGGUACACAUAGAAAUGACACAUCUUCAAUCGAGAAAAACACAGAAAACAGCACAGAUAUUCUUCCAUUCCUCAAUAUACCAUCUGUCUGCUCCUUCGAAGGGUUGAGCAGGCUGAGUGAACUGUCAGCAGCUGCCCAAACCAUUGAAGACAUGGCUAAUCAGCUGCUGCAAGCAAGGCCAGAGAGCAUAACACAGGAUCAACCACCUAGUGGAAAGACAGAAACUUAUCUUGCUAAGCCUGCAUGCCCUGGUCCAUCGAUUGACAACCAGGUCCUCCCCCUCUGCCAAAUAACAGUGAAGAUUGGCAAUGAGGCGAUCGUUCGACGUAAAAUAAAAGGCUCAAAGCUGUUUCCAAAGAAGAGGAAGAGGAAAAGCUGGAGGCAAGAGAGCAUAGGUCAAAGUAGCCCUGCAGAGGAGAGUGUUGUGAGCCCAAGUUUACGGCUAAGAGCUGAGGUCAGAACCUCUGUUACAGAAAAAAAAACAUAUGACCCAAAUGACCCCGAAACCGACAAACUAUGGCGUCCUUAUUACUCAUAUAAACCUAAAAAGAAGGGUAAGAAGCUCAGAAGCAAACGGAAAAGGAUGAAACCUGUAAGAAGCUACACUAGGCCUUUGUCACCUGAAGCAAACGAGGACUUGAGAGAGACACACUUCUGUCCAGAUGAGAACAUCUCAGCAGAGAAUUAUGAGGUCAGGAAGGAGCUGAGACAUAGCAGCCAAAGGGAAGCUUUCCACUGCCACAGCUGCAAGAGCUCUUUCUCUAGCCAGACGUCCCUUAGUAUGCACAUCAUCAGCUGCCAUCAGCCAUGCUGCAGAAUAUGUGGUAAACAAUGUGCCCCUGAAGACACAUCCAGCACAGCUGGGCCCUCUGUUGAGGAAAGUGCUGAUUUUAUCUGCAAGAGUUGCACAGAGGAUGGCUCCUGUUUCAGCUCAGAUGUUACUCCCCACAGCCUGAGCACAGAAAAGCGUUACAGAUGUUCCUACUGCCCGCAGCGGUUCCUUUACCUUGCCACCAAAAAAAGCCAUGAGAAGAAACACCUAGAGAAGUCAGGUAAAGGGCACAAUUGCAGAUAUUGUUCAAAGGUAUGUAAAACAGCAGUGCUGUUGGGUGUUCAUGAGAGCAAGCACUUCAAGGCAGAAGUUGGAGAGGAUCCAGACAUGAUAUGUAAAAUGACAAAUUCAUUUCCUACAAGUAAAGAUCGCAAAGGGUCGAUCAAACCUGAGCCUUGGGAAAGCACAUAUAACUGCUCAGAGAUCAAGCCAAAGGAAACCAUGGACAGAGAAAAUGAGGGGAGUUAUCCUACAUUCACCAAUGCCUACAAUAAAACAUCUCUGUCAUAUCCUUAUGCAGCAGAGAGGUCUUUUGCUUCCAUUUCUCCUGAGUUGAAGAUGAAAACGUCCAAGAAAAAAAGCAUUUUGGAACGAUCUAAAGGAUUUGGAUUUAGGGGGAACAGACAGUGUUCUUUGGGAACUGUGAUAUGGGGCCAACAGGAUUGACUCCACAACACAAGUACUGACUUCAUCCAAGCUCUGAGCCUGUAAUGAAAGGAGCCUCCCUACAGUUGCCCUAGUCAGAGAAAAGCAUUUGUAAAAACAUUAACUUUCUCUUCACACCCACCACAGGAAGGAAAUUUAUUGCCUGCUGAUGUCACAUAGUAUACUGAAAUGAUAUAAGUUACAGGGCAGGACUUGCAGUAAAAAUGGAAAUAAAUAUGAAAAUAUGAGAAGACUGUUGUUUUAACUUUGCAUCCAACAGAACUUGUGAGAUGUCAAUAUAGAGUAUUUUUGUUCUUACACGUAAUACUAUAAGUAGUUUUCCAGGCAUUUCUAUGAAAAGAGAAGUGGUUUUAUUUUUGUAAAUUUUUAUUUGUCCUAGUCAGGUGGAUCUUCCCUUUGUCAUUACUGAUUGUGUUGUACUGUAGUCUAUGCAUCAAGUUAACCGAACGGCUUUCAGCACCUUACAGUGAAAAUAACUGCAAGGGAUUUUCCUUUUUUUUUCAUAACAUUACAUCAUUACCACCAUUUUCAAUCUAUGUAUCUUAUUGGAUGCAAAAACCUCUGUUAAUUACAUUAAUAUAAAUGCUAAUUGUUUUCAAUGUGUUAUACCUUUCAGUUUUACAUGGUUGAAUCCUUAAAACAUAUCAUGAAGUUAAAUAAAUAACAUCAAAUAACACAUAAGACACAUGUUAAAAAUAACACAAUUAAUGUUUGUUAAAAUUGACAAAUGUUAGCCACAAUAAUGGUUGAUUUUACAACAAAUAAUAAAAUAUAU